GGGCAGGAUGAGGGGAGAAGAAAACUAUUAAAGAGAGAAAGAGAAACGGAAGGUUAGUAUUGAGAGAGAAGGCUUGGAGGUAAAGGCACGUCAUCAUGGGUUUCUUCGACCGCGCGGACCGUUACCUGGAUCGACUCUUGGACAACAUCCGCAGCGAUGUCAACGAUAGACUGCGCUUGGACCGGGACAGAGAAGCGGAGGUGGACAGGCUGACGGAGGAGGCCAAUGCGGUGGAGGCUGUGGCCAGGGUGCUCGAAGUGGAUUUCAAGGCCAAAUUCAACGCCGCCAGCAACCACUGCGAGAAGUAUGAGCUCGUGAGCCAGAAGAAAGGAACCCCGGUGGUGCGGAGGGGCGGAACCUUCACCAUUGACCUGACGCUGAACCGGGAGAUUGACCUGAAGAAGGGGCACUCAUUGAAGCUCUUCUUUAACUUCGGUAACACCCCAAUCGUGCACCGAGGUACCCAAGGCAUUCUGGACGUGAGCGGGAAGGUUAUGCUGGACAAGAGCCACGACGAAUGGGACGUGAGGGUGGCGGGCAAUAAGGGGAAACUACUGACCCUGGAGGUUCAAAUCCCCACCACGGCGCCCGUAGGAAUCUGGCUGAUGGCCUUGGAGCUGAAGCCGAAGGACCCCAACGCUGACAGCUCCGCCAGGCAAGUCCUACGCGACCCGACCACCAUCUAUAUCCUAUUCAACCCUUGGAACAAACAUGAUACCACCUACAUGCCCGAGGAGGACCAUAGGCAUGAGUAUGUGCUUUCCGAUGUGGGCAAGAUCUGGCAGGGUGGUUAUCCGGCCCGAGGAAGGCACUGGGUGUUUGGGCAGUUCGAUGACGCGGCUCUCCCGGCUUCGGUUCUAUUGCUUGAGAGAUCUGGGUUGAACCACGAGGCGAGAGGUGACCCGAUCUUCGUGUCCAGGACUAUCUCGAAAAUGGUGAACAGUAACGACGACAAUGGAGUGCUGGUGGGCAAGUGGAGUGGGAGCUACGAUGACGGCACAGCCCCUUCGCAAUGGACGGGUUCGAUCAAGAUCCUGGAAGAGUACGUGCUGCGCCAGAAGCCGGUGAAGUACGGCCAGUGUUGGGUGUUUGCCGGCGUGGCCAACACAGUCUGCCGCGCCCUGGGCCUCCCCGCUCGUGUCGUGACCAACCUCAACUCUGCCCACGACACGGAUGUUUCUCUCACCAUCGACGAGUAUAUGGACGCCAAAGGGAACAAGAUUACCACGGCUCGGCCAGACGCCACCAACCCCGCCGGCCUUGGAGACUCCAUCUGGAACUUUCACGUAUGGAAUGAUGUCUGGAUGGACCGGCCCGACCUCCCCAAGGGCUACGGGGGCUGGCAGGCCAUUGACGCCACGCCCCAGGAGACUAGUGACGGCAUGUACCAGUGCGGGCCAGCGAGUCACGAGGCCAUCCGCCGCGGCCAGAUGGAAUACAAGUAUGACGUUCCUUUUGUGCUGGCCGAGGUGAACGCUGACGUGGUUAAGUGGCAGGAAGACCCCACGGCGCAGGACGGCUUCAAGAAACUCUCCUCCAACAAGAGCCACGUGGGUCGUCAACUGCUCACGAAGAAGGUGGGGCUCUUGGAUGACGGAGGUUACGGCGGAAAAGAUUACGAGGACUGUACCUUACUCUACAAGCCUCCAGAGGGGUCCAAGGCAGAAAGGGUGACACUUCAGACGGCGGCCAGACGGUCCCGCAACGCCCGCCACGCCUUCCGCCUCCCGUCCGUGGCAGAGGAGGACGUCAGCUUCUCCCUUGUGGAUAUUGACAGAAUCAUGAUCGGCGAUGACUUCUCCGUGACUGUGAAAGCCGAGAACCAGAGCGAGAAGAAGCGCACCGUGGACAUCGUGCUCAAGACGGGCUCCACCUACUACACGGGCGCACCGGCAGCGCUCAUCAACGAAGUGUCGGCCGAGUUCGUGUUGCAGCCGAAGGAGCAAAAGACGCUGUCCUUGCCCGUGCCCUACAGCCAGUAUUACAAGAAGCUGGUGGAGCACGCGAUGGUGAAGAUGGUGGCACACUGCAGGGUGGAGGAGACUUCGUAUGCUUGGAUAGGAGAUGACUGCUUCGAGGUGACCAAGCCGGACAUGUUGGUGGAGACGCUGGACAAGGCAGUGGUGGGGCAGCCGUUCAAGGCGAGGUUCUCCUUCAUCAACCCCCUGCCGAUCACGCUGAAGGAUUGCGUCUUGGUGGUGGACGGACCCGGACUGACGCGUCCCAAGACCAUUCCCAUGAGAGACGUUCCCGGGAAGGCUGGGAUGCAGUGGGAGCAGGUCAUCGUACCGCAAAAGGCAGGCCAGUUCGUGUUGAUCUGCACCUUCAACUCCACGCAACUCCUCAACCUGUCUGGGUCUGUGAAGGUGAUGGUGUCGGAGGUGUGAGCUGGAGGAGGAGGAGGGAGAGGAGAAAGUGAAAUGGGGAGAAUCGGAAGAGAAACAACAAAAUAGAGGAAAAUGAUAAGAGAAAGAGGAGAAGAAGGAAGAGAAGACGAGGUGGCGAAAAGGUAGAAGAAGAGUCAGAAGAAGAAAAUGCAGUUGUGAAAGAGGAAAUGAAAGAGGAGGAGGGAGAGGAGAAAGUGAAAUGGGGAGAAUCGGAAGAGAAACAACAAAAUAGAGGAAAAUGAUUAGAGAAAGAGGAGGAGGAAGAGGAGAAAGUGAAAUGGGGAGAAUCGGAAGAGAAACAACAAAAUAGAGGAAAAUUAUUAGAGAAAGAGGAGAAGAAGGAAGAGAAGGACGAAGUAAUGAAUAGGUAGAAGAGUCAGAAGAAAAUGCAGCUGUGAAAGAAGAUGUAGAUGCAGAGAUAGAAUAAGUGUAUGAACAAGAAUGAGAAUAAAUAUGAGAAUACGAAGAAAUACAAGAAUAAUAAUAGGAGGAGGAGAUGAUGGAGGAAGAAGGAAGAUGUAGCAACAUAAGAAAAAGAAGCAAGAGAGAGAAAGUAGAAGUAGCAUAAGAAUAAGAUUAAGGAGAAUAGGAAUAAGAAGUAGAUGUAUAAAUAAAUAUAAGAGAAAGAAGAACGAAAACAAGAACAAGAUGAAGAAGGUGAAGAAGAAGAACAACAACAACAACAACAACAACAACAACAACAACAAAAACAAGAACAAGAUGAAGAAGGUGAGGAAGAAGAAAAGAAGAAAAAAAAAGUAGAGGACGAGGUAGAAGGAGAAAAGGGAAUAAAAAAAGAAAAAAGAAUGUGAUGAUAAUAAUGAUUUAGGUCAAUAAUGAUGAUAAUGAUAACUCUAAUGAUGAUACUGACCCUAAGGAAGUUAGAAUUAGAGAGAAACUAAGGACUAAGCUCUCUCUCUCUCUCUCUCUCUCUAUCAAUCUAUACCUAUCUUUCAAUCUAUCUAUCUAUCUAUCUAUCGUAUAACUUUAGCCCAGUAAUUAGAUUUCUCUUAACAAAACCUUAAACAGCAUACAUAAUAGCCAUGCAUGAUACUAAGAGAUGAACAGACCAAUACAGUUACCGCUUCUAAUUAACUAUAGGUGUUCACACAGGUAAAGUUAAUGAGGAGAAAUUGGACAGGUGAGAAAGUUAGAUAUAUUAUUAAUGUUAAGCUUUGUGUUAAUGUGCUCAUGAUUAUUUUAUUUAGCUGUUACGUGUCUGUUAGAUUUCCCAAAUGAACACCACUGAGUGCCUUUAGAGAAACUGUAUUAACACAGUGAAAAACAUCCCAAGGAGGAGGAGGAAAACCCAGAAAGGAAAAUGUAUAUGUAUAGAGAAAUAAUUCAUAAAAAAAGGAAAUAAAGAAGAUAAAUAAAACGCAUGCUAGGGAAAUAUAUGUGAAGUAAUAUAAUAAUAAUAAUAAUAAUAAUAAUAAUAAUAAUAAUAAUAAUAAUAAUAAUAAUAGCAAUAAUAGUAAGUGGCAGUAACAUAAAUAAUCAAGUCUGUUAGAUUCUUUUAUUGUCUUUUGUGUGAAUUGUUUUUGCUUCUUUCAGUCCACAGUUGAUACAUGAGACUAUCUUUAUUAUGUGUCCUCUUGUUUUUUGCAUGUAUGUUCGUGUUGUAUUUGGAGGUUUGUUGGAAAGUUUCGUUUAGUCGGAGCAACAUCUGUGGCCAUAUGCCGGUGGAGGUUGGUACGGUCAACCUUACGUAUUAUAUCAGUUUUUAAUCACAGUCUGUUCUGCUUUGAUUUAAUGUAGUCAUGAUCUUUUUUUCUUUACCUGUUUUGUGCCUGUCUGAUACUUGUUUGUGUGUAUCUUUUGUUUCUGUGUCCAUAAUUGCUACAUAUGAGACCAUCUUUGUCCUGUGUCUGUCUGUCUGUCUGGCUUCUUGUCACGUCUGUAGUUGUCGGCAAUAAAAGGUGUGUUGCUUU